AUGGCGGUCAUGCCGAUCCAUUUACGCAGUGGUAUGCUCUUAUCCAUCAUGUUACUAAGCUUGCUACCUACUUUAACCAAGGCUCAUUUACGUUGCGUUGGAUGUAUGUCAAAAUGUUGCUGUAAUGGUAAAUGCUGUCGCUGUCGUCACCUUAUUUACGAAAUGUGGUGGUUUUGGCUAUUAUGGUGCUUAGUAGUCUUAUUAAGUUGUUGCUGUGCUUACAUCAAACGACGUCAUAGACGCUUUGCAAACCAAAAUAAUCGACUUCGAACAAUCACUACUACCGGCGGUAACCUUGCCCAAACAAGAAUCGGCAAUGGUACCCAAAAUUCAACAGUGACAGUAUCUUUAGAGAAAUUACCCUCUUAUAAUGACGCCAUCAAAUCGUCAAACCGAGAUUUACCUGAGCCACCGCCACCUGCUUAUGUUGAUAUGCCUAAUCUGACCCAUGAUAACUUUAAUCAAUCUGGACUAGAGCAUUUUACGGAAAUCCCGCUACGCGUAAGCACCAAUCAAGACAAUGAUACUGGAAACAGCAAAAGAGAUAACUUAGAUUCUGAAACCUUAACAAUAUCUUCUAUUCAGCCAUCAUCGUCGAAAGGGAGUGAUGCUGCUUAG